CCCGGAAAUAUAAAGUGCUCUUUAAUACAGAAGGAAGCGCGACUUCACAAAGAGCAGUUUUUACAGUUGAUAUCAUGGCAUUAGAUGUGAAGUCCAGAGCGAAGCGCUAUGAAAAGCUGGACUUUCUUGGAGAAGGACAGUUUGCAACUGUGUACAAGGCAAGAGACAAAACCACAAACACCAUCGUUGCUAUCAAAAAGAUAAAAGUGGGGCACAGAACAGAAGCCAAAGAUGGCAUCAACAGAACAGCCCUUCGAGAGAUUAAGUUGUUGCAAGAACUCAGUCACCCGAACAUUAUUGGCCUCCUGGAUGCUUUUGGGCACAAAUCCAACAUCAGUCUCGUCUUUGAUUUCAUGGAGACCGAUCUCGAGGUCAUUAUAAAGGACACCAGUCUUGUCCUGACACCAGCCAAUAUAAAGGCGUACAUCCUCAUGACGUUACAGGGUCUGGAGUACAUGCACAAUCACUGGAUCCUGCACAGGGAUCUAAAACCUAAUAAUUUGCUGCUGGAUGAAAAUGGAGUCCUGAAACUGGCUGAUUUUGGUUUAGCCAAAGCGUUUGGAAGUCCAAAUCGAGUGUAUACACAUCAGGUUGUUACAAGAUGGUAUCGUGCCCCAGAGCUGCUCUUCGGUGCCAGGAUGUAUGGUGUGGGUGUGGACAUGUGGGCAGUUGGCUGCAUUCUCGCUGAGCUUUUACUCAGAGUGCCAUUUUUAGCUGGAGAUUCAGACUUGGACCAGCUGACAAAGAUAUUUGAAGCUUUGGGAACACCGACAGAGGAGACCUGGCCUGGGAUGUCUAGUCUUCCGGACUAUGUGUCAUUUAAGCUGUUUCCUGGCACUCCGUUGGAGCACAUCUUCAGCGCAGCUGGCGACGACCUCCUGGAGCUCCUGAAGGGAUUAUUCACCUUUAACCCCUGCACACGCACUACAGCUUCACAGGCUUUGAAGAUGAGGUAUUUCAGCAAUAGACCAGGACCGACCCCAGGACCUCAGCUUCCCAGACCGAACUCCUCGACAGAAGCCCUGAAGGAGAAAGAAAACCUGUUGAUUGGAAUCAAGAGAAAACGCGACAGUAUUGAACAGGGUACCCUCAAAAAGAAGCUGGUUUUCUGAGUGACUUGGAUUCUGUUUUCUUCCACUGGUGCUGCUGCGGUCCUGCGUGAACGAUGUGCUAUUCAACAGACUUGCGAAGUUAACAUAUUUAUGUUUUUGUUUUCAAUUAUUUUUUUAUGUACUUCAGGAAAUUAAAUUAUAGAAAAAUGAAAAA